AUGCCGGGCCCUCACGCCCACGAACCCCGGCUGAGCCGGCUGUCACUUCGCUGGCGCUCACGCCGCGCUGGAAAGCCGAUGUCGCAGGAGCGCGGCGGGCGCGAGCGGCCGGAGAGCCAUGAAGAAGAUGACAGGAAGGUAAGGAGGAGAGAAAAAAAUCGAGUUGCUGCACAGAGGAGCCGGAAGAAGCAAACUCAGAAAGCAGAUAAACUUCACGAGGAAUAUGAGUCUCUUGAGCAAGAAAAUACCUCCCUGAAAAGAGAAAUCGGAAAGCUAACAGAUGAAAUGAAACACUUGAGUGAAGUGUUGAAGGAUCAUGAAAAGAUCUGUCCGCUAUUGCAUUGCACCAUGAACUUUGUGACCGUACCAAGACCCGAUGCACUCGCUAGUUGCCUGCCAAGAUGA